UUUUUGGAACUCCACUCACAACAAAAGACUCCUAAAUUUGUCACAUCUCUCUCUCUCUCUCUCUCUCUCUCUCGUGGUCUCCCUUUAUCAUCAACUACCUUCGUUCCAAAGAUUUCAAACUCAUCUUCAUUCAUUUUAUUCAAAGUCAAAAUCUAGGGUUUUUGCUCUACUUCUCUCUCUCUUAACACAUUUCUCUAGAUCGAAGACCAGAGAAUCGAAAAUGGUGUCGCAAGAUUACGUGCAGAAAAUGGAGGCACGGCAAAAUUUCCGAAACCUUUGGCACACUGAUCUUCUUCACACUAUUCAAGGCGAUACUCCUUAUUGCUGCUUUUCGUUGUUCUGUGGGCCAUGCGUAUCCUAUAUGCUGCGGAAACGUGCUCUUUAUAAUGACAUGUCGAGAUAUGUAUGCUGUGCAGGAUAUAUGCCUUGUAGUGGUCGGUGUGGUGAGAGACGAUGUCCUGAAUUUUGUCUUGCCACUGAGGUUUUCCUCUGCUUUGGGAAUUCAGUGGCAUCUACGCGUUUUAUGCUACAGGAUGAAUUCAACAUACAGACAACUCAAUGUGAUAACUGCAUAAUUGGUUUCAUGUUGUGCCUGAACCAACUUGCAUGCAUAUUUUCCAUAGUAGCCAUGAUUGUGGGAAGUCAAGAAAUCCAAGAAGCAUCUCAAUUGCUGAAUUGCCUGUCUGAUAUGGUUUACUGCACUGUCUGCGCGUGUAUGCAGACACAACACAAGAUUGAAAUGGACAAGCGUGAUGGCAAAUUUGGGCCUCAGCCAAUGGCAGUACCACCAGUUCAGCAGAUGUCUCGAAUUGAUCAGCCAUAUCCUUCCACUGUUGGAUAUCCUCCCCCUCAACCCCAACCAGGAUAUGGUUAUCCACCUCCAUCUCAAGGCUACCCGCCUGCCGGUUCUGCUUAUCCUCAACAAGGCUACCCACCAGUUGGCUCUGCUUAUCCUCAACAAGGGUACACACCAGCUGGCUCUGCUUAUCCUCCACCAGGCUACCCACCAGCUGGUUAUCAGAAAUGAUCGCUACUUUGCUAAAAGAAGCGGUUUGCAAAAUUGAUUAUUAUUUUCAAGCUAUGUGUAUUUCUUGGUGAUUUGGCUUGCAUUGACAACUCUCAAAUUAGUAUUCUUGUAGCAGUGUCGCUGCUGCUGCUGUAGAUUCUACCUCCAAAACUUGUCUAAGGUCUGAUAUGAUGUGAAUGUCCACCCUUCUUUCUGUUUCUCCAUGGAUUCCAGAAUUUCUGAAACCCUGUGACUGAGAAUGUUAGCUAAAUAUUGGUAUAAUUUUAAGGUUAAGCAUCUAAAUUUUCUUGUGCCUUUA